AUGGUCUGUCGCUGUUUGCGGAUUUCCGCGGGCAUAAUUUUGUUGGAGGAGCUGGCGGAAAGAAACGAAGAGGCGCUGGACACCAACCUGGUGCCAGUGGUGGUGGCCUUCGACACAUUGCGCACCAGGCACUUGCAGGUCUUCCGGGACAUCUGCAAUGCCAUGAGCAGACGGCAUCCUGAUUUUGUCAUGCGAUACAUGUAUGGCGGUGCUCGCCAAAACGGAAGUGCGAAGCAGCAUUCGAAGCGGCCGAAGGCCCAAGGUUGA